AGCUACAGCCCCAGUUGACUGGAAGCUGAUCCUGUCCGGAGGAGAAGAAAAGAAGAUGAGGAAAAAGAGGAGGAUAGCAAGAAGGAGUGUGAGGAGUCCUGCGUGUUUUUGUUUCCUGCGCCGGAAUGAGCGCUGAAGGCCUGAAGCCUUCAGCUCUCUGGAAACCUGCCAUGUGACAUUUGGCUGCCAGCUCUGCGCCAGAAGGUCAAAGGGGGCCACGGUGCACAUUUCAUGGAAAUGCAGAGCAACACCCACCGCCAUAGCGGCAGCCAUCCUCCCGGAUUCUUCGGCGAGCCUUUGGAUGGUCCCUCUGGGUUCGGGGGCUCUCAUCAAGCCCCGGCCCACCGUCAACUGGAGGAGAUGCUUGAGCUUCCGCGAAGGUCCAAAUCGCAAAGCCCCAAUAAGUUUGCAGGGAGCAAAAAGGUUUUCCCUUGGAUGAAAGAGUCCAGACCCUGCAAUCAGAAGCCCAACAAAGGUGUCGCAGACUGCAGCGAGAAGUGCCCGAGCUCGACCCAGGCCUCCAAGCGCACGCGCACCGCGUACACGAGCGCGCAACUGGUGGAGCUGGAGAAGGAGUUCCACUUCAGCCGCUACCUGUGCAGGCCGCGGAGGGUGGAGAUGGCCAGCCUGCUCAACCUGAACGAGAGGCAGAUCAAGAUCUGGUUCCAGAACCGGAGGAUGAAGCAGAAGAAGGACCAAAGAGUGCAGGGCCUGACCACGACAAGCGCCAGCUCCUGCUCUCCUCCGUCCUCCCCCUCCGCGGCGGGCAGCCCCACUCUGGCGAGCCUGGGUUAUGUCCAUCUGGGUGCUGAUUACCAGCCGGCCUCCCCUCCGCUCAAACAACAGCGGCAGCCCCAGCACGCUUACCCGGUAGAAUACUCCAAAUAUGCAGCCCCGAACCUCACGCACGAACCGCACUUCGACGCCGCGCAAUACGGCGCGCAGGCCAGCACCCCGCACGCAGCAGACGCGACCCUGGGAUUGGAUGAUCACGGCGGCUCGUACUUCUUGCAGGGCUGCGCACCUCAGGACAGAAUCAUGCGAGCUCCAAAACUGACUCAUCUCUAGGAUCCAGCACAUCCGCAUGCACACUUAUUCAUGGGGAUAAAGAAAUUAGGAUUUAUUUAUAAUUGGCAUAUUCGGUUUUAUAUUUUAUGCAUGCGUCUUUUAGCUUUAUUUAGACCACCACGAACAGCUCAGGUAAAAACACAAAUCAAUUUAACUUGGUAUCGAGGCAAUUAAAUAGGAGAAACGCUUCUCUAAAUGGCAGAUCUUAUGUUUUUAGUGAACGUCUCCUUAGGACCCCAUAAUCUCCUGCUUAACGGCAGCGCCCGUUUAAGGAGAUCCUCACAUUAUUAUAACUUGCAAACAGGGUAGAGAAGAGAGGAGUAAGAGCCACCCUCUUUGGCUCUUGCGCGGGCCUUUGUUUCUGGAAUGGCUUAAAAUGGACCAAACAAGCUGUCAGCGUUUAAAAAGGAGUCGUGAUGGAUCACUGAAUUCACUGCGCUGACUGUUUCAGGGUCCGGGCCUCAUUCACACUCGGUCCUGCAAGUCUGGCAAACACGAAAAUGUAGAUCCGGAUUCCAGAGGUAAAAUAAAUAAAUAAAAAUAGAGCAACUUCUCGACUAAAUAGCAAAUAAGAAAGAAAAAAAUAAACACACUACAUUCCUUCAAAAAUAAAUAAAGAAAGAAACAAAAGGAAAAGCUUAAAUUAGUGCAUUGGAAACACAGAAUUAAUAUGUGUAACCAGACCAGACAAUCAGGUCUCACCCUCCCAACCCACCAGACAGUAAGACAUCCACAGUUUGACAUACAAUUGCAUGGAGGCAGAAAGUUUUAUUUAUUUAUUUAUUUAUUUAUUUAUUUAUUUAUUUAUUUAUU